GAAGGUCGAGGUCGUGUUGUUGUUGACGAGUAGCAAGGGUUGAGAUAAGAGGUUUACAGCGCACAUUGCAGUUGACACAGUUCUGGCCUGGAUUGAGUUUCUCCAACAGAGUUCAACAUGAGUGAAAAAGGAGCUAACCCCAUCGACACGGAACCUAUUACCCUUACGAGGUUCAUUUUAGCCGAGCAGAAAAAGCAUCCUUCGGCCACGGGUGACUUUUCUCAGUUGAUCAACUUCAUACAGACGGCAGUGAAAGCGGUGUCCUCGGCUGUCAGGAAAGCAGGCAUUCACAAAAUAUUUGGUAUGUCCGGUACAGAGAAUGUGUCUGGAGAUGACCAGAAAAAGUUGGAUGUUUUGGCUAAUGACCUGUUUAUUAACAUGCUCAAGUCUUCCUUUCUAACUUGUCUCCUGGUGUCAGAGGAAAAUGAUCACGCAAUUGUUGUGGAACCAGAGAAAAGGGGCAAAUAUAUAGUAACCUUUGACCCCUUGGAUGGAUCCUCAAACAUAGACUGUCUAGUAUCUAUUGGGUCUAUUUUUGCUAUUUACAGAAAGAAAGAUGAUGGGCCUGCCACUGAGAAGGAUUGCUUACAGAGUGGGCGGGAGUUGGUGGGGGCAGGGUAUGCCUUAUAUGGUAGUGCCACAAUGAUUGUUCUGUCCAUUGGAAACGGUGUUAAUGGUUUCAUGCUUGAUCCGUCCAUUGGAGAAUUUAUCCUGACUGAGCCCGACAUAAAAGUCAAACCAAGAGGAAAGAUUUACUCGAUCAAUGAAGGCUAUGAGCAGUUCUGGGACAAAGCUACGGUGGAAUAUGUACAGAGCAAAAAGAGACCAAAGACAGGAAAGCCGUAUGGAGCCAGGUACAUUGGGUCAAUGGUAGCAGAUGUUCACAGAACACUUGUCUAUGGUGGGAUAUUUAUGUACCCUGCAACCUCAGAAGCACCCAAGGGCAAGCUGAGGAUGUUGUAUGAGAGCAUCCCCAUGGCUUUCAUUGUGGAACAAGCAGGAGGGCUUGCUGUGACAGGAACACAGAAUAUUCUGGAUAUUGUUCCCCAGUCAAUUCACGAACGCUGUCCUGUGUUUAUGGGUUCCAAGGAGGAUGUACAGGAUGUCAUUGAGCUGUACAAGAAACACGGUCUAUAGACAGGGGGCUGUGUAGACUGGAAAACAUUUUGUUCAGACAGCUACAUUAUUUUUUAAUAUAAAUUUCAUACUACAUAUUUGGUCUCAUAAGCAUAAUGUCCAUCGACGUAUAUUGUUUACCACAAAUCAUCUGUUUUAUUGGGAAGUUGUGGUCCUACAUUGAAGGCUUAACUGAUAGGUAUAACACAUGUACAUACAGUGCAAUUGUAAUUUAAUUAUCUACUGCAAAACUUGUUAUUAAAAACAGGUAUAUGGAAUCUAGUUUCUAUUGAAGCUUUAAUAUGAAUAAUGUGGGAUUGUUAGCUUAUCAUUAACAAUCGUAAAAACAUGUAUUUAUAAUGUAAUAAAAUAACGGAAAGGAUUGGAGAAUUAUUUUUAUUCUUAUGGUAAUAAUAUUUUGUAUUGCCAAAAGUUUUGUUUAUACUUUUAUUAUUUUUUGGGGGGAGCAAAUUUUGUAUCCUUUUUCGUAAAGUUGCUGUAUUUGUGACUUUUGACAGAAUUCCUUAUGAUUGUGCCAUUGAAAAAAUGAAGAGUAUGAAAAUCUUAAAAUUAUAUUAUUGCAAUAAAUAUGAUUAUAUUAAUGCAUGAUGAUUAUUGUAUUUUUUAUUCGAAUAAAUUUGUGGACUGAG